GAGGAUGACGUUCCAAAGGAAGGUUCUGUUGCCAAAUGUGAAAAUGAAGGGGAGGAGCUCCAGAUCCCGUUCAUCACAGACAACCCAUGUAUAAUGUGUGUGUGCCGGAACAAGGAAGUGACGUGCCAGCGGGAGAAGUGCCCCGUGCUGCCGCGGGACUGUGCUCUGGCCAUCAAGCAGAGGGGUGCCUGCUGUGAGCGCUGCAAAGGCUGCACCUAUGAGGGAAACACCUACAACAGCUCCUUCGAGUGGCAGAGCCCAGCCAAGCCCUGUGUCCUGCACCAGUGCCAGGAAGGCGUCGUCACAGAGUCCCAGGUGCGCUGUGUCGUUCACUGUAGAAACCCAGUGGAACACCCAGGAGCCUGCUGCCCCACCUGUCCAGGCUGCCUGUUUGAAGGUGUGCAGUACCGAGAGGGAGAUGAGUUUCGACCAGAAGGGAGCAAGUGCACCAAGUGUUCCUGCCGCGGAGGCAGGACACAGUGCGCGAGAGAAGUCUGUCCCAUUCUCUCUUGUCCCCAGCACCUUAGUCACACCCCCCCAGGACAGUGCUGCCCCAAAUGUUUGGGUCAGAGGAAAGUGUUUGACCUUCCUUUUGGGAGCUGCCUAUUUCACAGUGAUGUGUAUGACAAUGGGUCCUCAUUUCUCUACAACAACUGCACAACGUGUACCUGCAAGGACUCCACUGUGGUAUGCAAGAAAACCUGCUCCCACCCUGGCAGCUGUGACAGGGACAGUGAGGCCUGUUGUGAGCAGUGCCUCCUUCGAGUGCCCCCAGAAGACGUCAGUGUGUGCAAGUUUGGCAACAAGAUUUUCCGGGAGGGUGAGGUGUGGUCCUCAGCCAACUGCACCAUCUGUGCCUGUGUGACCGGCAGGACGGAGUGUCGCAGGAAGCAGUGUGUGUCCAUCAGCAGCUGCCCGCAGGGUAAAAUCCUCAACAGAAAAGGAUGCUGCCCGAUUUGCACUGAAAAGCCUGGUGUCUGCACGGUGUUCGGAGACCCUCACUACAACACUUUUGACGGCCGGACCUUUAACUUUCAGGGCACGUGUCAGUACGUGUUGACCAGAGACUGCGCCUCCCCCACCUCGCCCUUCCAGGUGCUGGUGAAGAAUGAUGCCCGGAGGACACGCUCCUUCUCCUGGACCAAGUCGGUGCAGCUGGUCCUGGGCUCCAGCACCGUCAGCCUGGAGCAGCACCUGGCCGUGCGCUGGAACGGCUCCCGCGUGGCGCUGCCCUGCCGAGGGCCGCACUUCCAUGUGGACCUGGAGGGCUACCUGCUGAAGGUGACCACCCGAGCAGGUUUAGAAAUAUCCUGGGAUGGAGACAGCUUUGUAGAGGUCAUGGCUGCCCCUCACCUCAAGGGUAAGCUGUGCGGUCUCUGUGGCAACUACAAUGGACACAAACGAGAUGACCUAAUCGGUGGAGAUGGCAACUUCAAGUUCGAUGUGGACGACUUUGCUGAGUCUUGGAGGGUGGAGUCCAACGAGUUCUGCAACCGACCACGGAGGAGACCAGUGCCCGAGCUGUGCCAGGGGACAGUGAAGGUGAAGCUGCGAGCCCAUCGAGAGUGCCAGAAGAUCAAGUCCUGGGAGUUUCAGACCUGCCACUCCACAGUGGACUAUGCCACUUUUUACCGGUCCUGUGUGACGGACAUGUGUGAGUGUCCAGCCCACAGAAACUGUUACUGUGAGUCCUUUCUGGCCUAUGCCCGAGCCUGCCAGAGAGAGGGCAUCAAGGUGCCGUGGGAACCCCAGCAGCACUGCGCAGCCACCCAGUGCAAGCACGGCGCUGUGUACGACACCUGUGGCCCAGGCUGUGUGAAGACUUGUGACACCUGGAAUGAGAUCGGCCCUUGCAACAAGCCGUGUGUGGCAGGCUGCCACUGUCCAGCCGACUUGGUCCUGCACAGGGGGCGAUGCAUCAAGCCAGUCCUUUGUCCUCAGCGGUGACCUCUGUGCCAGCCAUUGAGACUGCAACCUGGAGUCCUUGGCACGGAAGUGCAAGAGCCAGGGAAAGACUGCUGUGUACGUGCCUGACUGUGCACACAGGUACAUAUGUGUACAUAUGGAGAGGUAUAGAUAUGUUCAAACAUGUCAUCGCUCACAUGGACUAUAGUGCAGUACUGUAUGUAUAUUUUCUGCUAUACACAGGUGUAAUUUCUAGGAUCCUAAUCUACAAGCCAUUGGAGAUUAAUCUGCAGCCUCGAGGAUGGCUGUGACAUCACACACAUUUCUCACUCUUAAGGAAGUUUUCUAAGGACCCUCAGCUGCUCACAUUGAUUUUACCUUGAAGUCAGUGUUUGUCACUGGGGAAUAUGUUUCACUGGGGAAGGGCACACUUAUUUGGAGACGUUUCAUGUUUCCAAAGACAGAAACAUGUGCCUGAGAGAGAUGGCAGAAGACAGGAUGGGCCCUGGUGGUGUCUGCAAAGCAAGGGACGGGCUGCUAGACUUCACUGGGUCGUGGUUGGAUACUGUUUCCAAAGCUGGCUGCCACCAAGAAAUAUGGAUGGGUCGCUAGGGCACAGCAUAAGAGCCCAGUGAUUUCCUGCCAUCUUGGCAGAGUCCUCCACCUCCUAAGUAGAUCUGUGUGCAGGACCACAUACGCGUGGUGUGUUGAGAUGAUGGAGUGUCCAGAUGGAAUGGUGGUGGCACUGGGUGUGAGGAAUUUGUGGAAACUGCUGCACAACAAAAGAAAACUGUCCAUGGCUCUGAAUCUGAAAGCAGCGCAGUGAGGAGAUGGAGGCCC